AUGUCAGUAUCAUCCUAUAGUACAAUGGCUGGGAACGAAUUAAUGCCCAUGGCUGGAAGUAGAUCUCCUCCAAUGAACGAACUCUUCGCUCCACGAGUUCGCGAGAGUGGCUCUAUUACACCUGAUCAAGCUCUCAUUCAUAUGAUCAAGGUUAUGAUGGGUACAGGUAUGUUGUCAUUACCUUUGGCAUUCAAACAUGCAGGAUUAUGGCUUGGGUUAAUUUUGCUAGCGGGCAUUUGCCUUAUUUGUAUAUACUGUACACGACAGCUUAUUUACUCUCAGCAUUAUAUAGCCUAUCUAAAAAAUCAACAACGAAUUGAUUAUGCUAAUGUUAUGCGAUCAGCUGUUGAGAUUGGUCCUCCAUGGAUUCGCCAUCAUGGAUACUUCUGGAAGCAAGUAGUUAAUACUAAUAUGUUUGUAGCUCAAUUUGGCUUCUGCUGUGUUUACUUUGUUUUCAUGGCUGAUAAUCUAAAACAAUUUUUCGAUCAAACUUCGUCCAUCCACAUUUCUCAAUCAGGAUGGAUUCUCCUCCUUCUCAUUCCCAUUUUAGCUCUGUGUACUAUCAGAGAAUUGAAGGCUUUGGCUCCUUUGGCAGCGGCAGCAAACUUCAUUUACCUCAUUGCUGUAGUCAUCGUUCUUCAGCAGCUAGUUCUCAUUGAUAGACCAUCCUGGACUCUUCCUGCCGUCGGAGAUCUUCGGAACCUUCCAUUGUUCUUCGGAACGGUUAUGUUCGCUUUUGAAGGAGUCGCUGUGGUUCUUCCUAUUGAAAACCAAAUGGAUCAACCAAUCCAUUUCAUAACGAAAAACGGAGUUUUGAACACUUCAUGUCUUCUUGUUUUAGUUCUUUAUUGUGCUGUCGGUUUCUUCGGAUACAUCCGUUUUGGAGAUGCAGUUAUGGACACUUUAACUCUCAACCUUCCUCAAACUAUUUUCUACCAAUGUAUCAAAAUUAUGUUUGUCGGAUGCAUUUUGGUAUCUUAUCCUCUCCAAUUCUACGUUCCUAUGGAAAGAGUUGAGAAGUGGAUCAAGAAGAAAGUUCCUGAGCAUAGACAAGAGAAACUCAUUUAUGGAGCUCGUUUCGCUGGUGUCCUUCUUACAUGUGCCAUGGCAGAACUCAUUCCUCAUUUGGCUCUCUUCAUUUCAUUGGUUGGAUCUUUAGCAGGAACCUCUCUUACAUUAGUGUUCCCACCAAUGAUCGAAUUAUUGUGUUACUACUCGAGAGGUGCUCUCACCAAGUGGGUUUGGGCCCGUAACGUUGGCCUAAUGAUAUUCGCUGCAUUUGGAUUUUUCACUGGAACCUACGCUAGUAUGGUGCAGAUUAUAGAAGCGUUCGGAAAACCAGAUGUUUAA